AUGAUGCAAUAUAUUGUAUAUGAUUGUAACAUCGAGAUAAUUUAGUAUUGGUAAUGUCAAACUUGCAUUAAUUUUUAGUUGUGAGCUGAUGAAAUUUUAUGCUCAUUUAGGAAUAAUUCAAAAGGAAAAAUCACAACGAAUAAUAAAAGGGAAUGAAUUUCAUUAAUUUACCAAGAAAACCUAAAUUUUAAACAAAAUAAGGAGACAGAAAGUCAUAUUAUUUUAAGGGUUGGUUAGAGAAAGAAUCCUAUUUUAUUAAUAGAGUACAUUAUGUCUAGCAAAUACUUUAGAUAAAUUAAAUCGUCUUGGACAAGCUUUAGAUUAUUAUGAUUCAUCUAUUUUGAAAAACUCUAAGAAAUCUGGUUAUUAAAAUGGUCCUUCAGGUUACUAUGUUAAUUAAGGUAAAAAAACAGAAUAAUUGGUUAGUUAUCAUUUUAUUAAAAAUGAAAAGAUUUGAAGAAGCAUUGAAAAUUUGUGAUUAAUGUCUUUAGAAACAUUCUGAAAACUCAUACUAUUUUGAUAUCAAAGGUUUACUUAAAUUCUUUUAAAUUAUAGCAACAAUUUUAUAGAGUCUGAAUAGAUUUGAUGAAGCAUUGGAGUAUUAUGAUUUAGCUAUUUAGAAGAAUCCUCAAAAUUCUCUCUAUUAUUUUAACAAAGGUUGAAAUAUUAUUGAUAAUUUCUUAGCUACCACAUUAGGAAACAUGAAUCGAUUUGAAGAAGCAUUAAAUUUAUUUGAUUAAGCAAUUGAAAAAUAGCCUGAAGAAUCAGACUAUUUUAAUAGCAAAGGUAUGUUAAAAACUUGAAUAAUUUAAGCUAUUAUUCUAAAGAAAAUGAAUCGAUUUGAAGAAGCAUUGCAAUAUUAUGAUUAAGCUAUUCAGAAAAACCCUUAAAAUUCUACAUUUUACUAUAACAAAGGUAUAAAUUAUCAAGAUCAUUUAAUAGCUCUUACUUUAUCUAAAAUGAAUAGAGAUGAAGAAGCAUUGGGUUAUAAUGAUUAAUCUAUUUAGAAAUGCCAUGAAAAUUCAGACUAUUAUUUUAGUAAGGGUAAAUUAGAAUUUAUAUAAUUUCAAAAGCAAUUACACUAAAAAAAUUGAAUCGACUUGAAGAAGCAUUGCAAUUUUAUGAUUAAGCUAUUAAAAUGAAUCCUGAAAAAUCUGAAUACCACAACAACAAAGGUACAUGAUUAUCUCUCUAUAUCUUAAAGGGACAACUUUAAGCAAAAUGAAUAGAUUUGACGAAGCCUUGAAAUGUUAUGAUUUAGCUAUUUAAAAGAAUCCUCAAAAUUCUCUAUAUUAUUUUAACAAAGGUUGAAAUACUAUUGAUAAUUUCUUAGCUAGCACAUUAGGAAACAUGAAUCGAUUUGAAGAGGCAUUAAAUUUAUUUGAUUAAGCAAUUGAAAAAUAGCCUGAAGAAUCACAUUAUUAUUAUUAUAAAGGUAGAAUUAUUACUAUUUAAUUUCAUAGCAAUGACUUUAUCCAAUAUGAGGAGAUUUGAAUAAGCAUUUGAAUAUAAUGGUUUAGCUAUUCAAAAAAACCCUGAAGAUUCUACCUAUUAUACUAAUAAAGGUUUAGCAUUAAGAAAUUUUAUAGCUCUUGAUUUAAUGGGUUUGAAUAGAUUAAGCGCAGCAAUUCAUUUUUUGGAUAGUGCUAUUGAGAAGAAUCCUGAAAUUUCCUUUAAUUAUUAUCUUAAAGGUAAAUUACAAUCUCUCUCAUUACUAAGGCGAAGCAUUAAUUAAAAUGAACUAAUUUGAAAAUGCCUUGGUAUAUUUUGAUUAAGCCAUUAUGAAAGAUGAUAAAAAUUCAAAAUAUUAUUCUGGCAAAGGUACUUGGAUUACAUGUCUAUUUCAUAGCAUAAGCUCUAAUUUCCAUGAAUAGAUUUGAAGAAGCUUUAGAAUUUAACUCAUUAGCUAUUGAUAAUAACCCUGAAGAUUCUCGCCAAUAUUUUGUAAAAGGUAAUUACUACGCCAAUAUUUUAGCUUUCAUAUUAGGUUCUAUGAAUAGACUUGAAGAGGCAUUAGAUUUCUUUGAACUAGCUAAUGGGAAAAAUAUUGAAAUUAACAAUAAUCCAGAUAAUCAAUAUCUUUGCUAAGGUAGAAUACAAUAAGUUUAAUUUUUAGCCUUUAUGUUAGAAAAAAUGAAUAGAUAUGAAAAAGCUUUGUAGUGUUGUACUUUAGCAAUUAAAUGUAACCCUGAAAAAUCUGAUGUUUAUUCUGUUUCAGGUACAUUAAAUUCAGAAUAACUGCUUAGCUUAUAUAUUAGAUAAAAUGAACAGAUUUGAAGAAGCGUUGUAAUAUUAUGACAUAGCUAUUUAAAUAGCCCCUGAAAAUUCAAACUAUUACAAUGACAAAGGUAUAUUAAAAAUCUCUAUAACUUUAAAGCAAUUACUUUAAAGAAAAUGAAUCAUUUUGAGAAAGCGCUGAUAUACCAUGACUAAGCAAUAAUAAAAAAUUCUAAGGAUCCAGAUUUUUAUUUUAAUAAAGGUAUAUUUAAUGUAGAGUGGUGUUUAGGUAAUACAUUAGUUAAAAUGAAUAGAUUUCAUGAUGCUCUUUAGUAAUUUGAUUUAGCAAUUUUGAGAAAAUCUGAUUCUAACUAUUAUUUUGCAAAAGGUAGGCAUGUCUGUGAAUUAAAGCAUAAACUUUAGAAUAAUUGGAUAGAUUUGAAGAAGCUUUACAAUAUUAUGACAAGUCUAUUUUGGAAACCCCUGAAAAUUCUAACUGUUAUUUCAAUAAAGGUAAAUACUAUAAUUUUAAUCACUUAGCAAAUACACUAUAGACAAUGAAUAUGUUAAAUGAAUCCCUUUAAUAUUAUGACUUAGCGAUAUCGAAAAAUCCAGAAAAUUCUGAGUUUUUUAUUAAUAAAGGUACAAUGAAAUCACUUAACUAAAUAGCUAAUGUAUUAAGUAAAAUGAAUAGAUUCGAAGAAGCACUUUAACAUUAUGAUUAAGCCAUUUAGAGAUACCCUGAAAAUUCUGAAUAAUAUUUCAACAAAGGUAAAUUCUAUAGAACAAUGUAUAAGGUAAUGUUUUAGAGAAAAUGAAUAGAGGUGAAGAAGCAUUGAUUAAUUAUGAUUUAGCAAUUUAGAAAAACCCUGAAAAUUCUGAAUAUAAAUAUUUCAAAGGUAGAUAAAUAUUUUAAAUUUUUCAGCAGAAACACUAUAUAAAAUGAAAAGAUAUGAAGGAGCAUUGGAAUAUUUGGAUUCUGCUAUUUAAUUAAACCCACAAAAUCAUGACUAUUAUAAUGGCAAAGGAAUGUUUAAUCAAAUAAUUAUCUAGCUCUUACACUAGAGAGGAUGAGUAGAAUUGAAGAAGCUUUGGAACUUUUUGAUUUAGCGAUUGAGAAAAACCCUAAAGUUACAUAUUUAUAUUUUAACAAAGGUAUAUCUGUUAACUUUCUUAGCUAAUAUAUUAUUUA